UCUGUUCUUCACUAGAUCUUCUGGAUCAUCUGAGGGAUUUGACUGAAUCAAGAUGCUGCUGAUCAUUGAAGCUCUUCUUCUCAUUUUAGCUGCUCUAGGACAGGAUCACAGCGCUGCUGAAGGAAAGAUAUAUCCAUUGGAUUUCGCUCUGAAUUCAGUUGAUGAUCAAUAUGACGGUUGUACUGUGAAAAUGGCAGACCUGGUGAACACAACUUAUCUAGAGAAGGAAAAAUCGACCUCAGCUGAAUUUAAUAAGACUUGGCAAGAAGGUGAAGAGAAAGCCAAGAAAGCAGAGGAUAACUUGCAACAGAUUCAUUCAGUCGCCAUUCAUGUGUACACUAACAAAGACUCUAAAGUAUAUAGUAAUUUCAAUAGUGCCACUCGUACUGACAAAGAAAAAUAUAAAGACAAGACAUUCAAAUGGUUUUCACUUUACUUUCUGUUAACAGAAGCGAUACAGAUUCUGAAGAAAACACACAAUAAAUGCUAUGUAACUUAUCGAGGUACAAAUGCUGAAUUUGAUGUUCAGAGCAAAGAGGUUCGUUUGAGCUCAUUUUCAUCCUCCUCUCUUGAUCGUAAAGUAAUACAGGGUUUUGGAAAUGUAUCUUGUUUUGAAAUCUACACUUGUGAAGGUGCUAAUUUGACAAAAUAUUCAAAGUAUCCUGAUGAGAAAGAGGUGCUGAUUCCUCCAUAUGAGACGUUUAAAGUCACUGCUGUCAAAAACAGAAAAGAUCAGCCAGAUCUCUGGUGUGAGACUGUGUUUGUGUUGAACAGCACGGGAACAAGAAGUGAACUGAACUGUGAAUUGUUUAACAGUGGAAACCAUGCUGCUUUCUUUAACGUUUUACAAAUUUAG